AUGACCCAGGAGACGAGGAACUGGUCAGUCAUUUCGUGGGAAUUUCAGGCACGGUUCGUUUCACCAAUCGCUGCCACUGAUGCCACUCACAACUACAACUUUCUGCGCCCCUCUGUGUGUCUGAUGUCCUUCCAAAUAAACUCGUGGCUCCCUAGUACUGUUUUUCGAAGAUUUCGUGGUAAGUGGAAUGUAUUGACUUCGGUGCAGCUUUUACUUGAUUUGUUGAUGCAAUUCGUUCGGUGGAUUUGGAUUUUGCAAGCCCGUCGUUUAUUUUCGUGCCGAAGUCUAUAA